GCACAGACAUACGCAAUAAUAUCACAUUACUAGCACUGACGUGAGACACAGGCAUCUGCCCUUACUCUGUUUCACAUACAUUUAAGCCUUUUUAAAAAAAUGUUCAGCCACAAGCUGUCACAACAAUUGAGAAUCCCUUAAUUAUCACUGCCUGCAAACUUGGAUUCUUGUUGCUAAUAGUAGUGACAGGUAAGUAUUGUACGUGAUUUUUAGGCAUAAAAUGGCAGUAAAGAACAUUUAUUUAGCAGUGGAAUGAUAGAGCAGCAAAGCUGACUGAGGACAUUAAUCAAAGGUCAGGGACGCUGCGCUGGAAUUAGUCAACGUUAAAGAGAAUACCUGUAUACAAUGAAAACUAAAUUUCAAAAUCAUGUUUUUAAAUCCUUUUGUUGGAGCAUGGAGCAUUGACAUUAACUCCAGAGCCCUUGCUUCCAUUCCCCAUUUAGCACCUCUAGUACCCUCUUUCUGGUACUUACUUGGAGAUUGCUGUGAGCAAGCCACGUGAUCAAUGCCUUACUUCAAUGCUGACUACAGUCUAAAGAGCAAAGGGACAGGAACUAUAAAGUUCAUCAAAGUUCAAAGUAAAUUUUUUAUCAAAGUACACUUUCCACUAUGCAUCUAUAGAAGUCUGUCAAAGUUUUAAAUGUCAUGCUAAAUCUCUGCAGAGUCUUAAGGAAGAAAAGGUGCUGCCAUGAUUUCUUUGCAAUUGCACUUACAUGUUGGGUCCAGGAACUUUGUGACUAAGUUCUAAGGUUGGAAUCUGGAACUGUGGAGAAAAUAGUUCAAAUAAUUUCAUAUAAGCCAGUGAAUUUAAGUUCAAAGCUCAAGUAAAUCAGGAAGUAAAAAGCUAAACUUAUCAGGAAACAACUAAUUACCAUAAAGACCCUGCUGCUCCAUUACUGUUCUCCAAGGAAUCAGUCCACUAUCACCACCUGAUCUAGCCAGUGUUUGAUUUCAAACCUAUCAAUUUGGUUGGCUCUUGAAUGCAGCUAUCAGAGCUUCUGCCUAACUAAGGCAUUGAAUCGGGUUCCAUCAUGACCUCUGGUUCUGUCUCCAUGGAAUUUGCAUGUUCUCUCCGUGGCAGCAGGGAUUCAUUCCAUGUGCUUCAGUUUCCUCCCAUAUACCAAAGAUGUGCAGGUAAUACCUUUGGGUGCUGUAAAUUAUUGGUGCUAUAAAUGACCCCUCAUAUCUAUCAUAUUGACAUGACAGGUGGAAUAUGGGGGAGUUGAUAGAGAUGAAAAGGAUUGGUGUAAAUGGAUGGUUGAUUGUUGGUAUGGACUCAAUAGACUGAAGAGACUUUACUAUUACAUCGUUCAAUGAAUAUGUGCCUCUUCAGUUCAAGGCCAUUUGAGGAUUGCCAAUAAAUACCAUAAUGUGAACAAAUAGACAGACAUUCCACUAACCUUUGGACAUUUGGUUUGGGACAUUAAAGGUUACACUAGUGGAACUAGAAGGAAAAUCACCAUUCCAAGUCCUUACUUAAAUAGUACUUAAUCUUGUGAGUCUUAUUGGGUCAAAUCUAACAAGUUAUAAAUACCAUUAUUUUCUAUUCAUGAAGUGCAGUGAGCUAACCAGUUUGCCAACACCCUUAGAGAAGUAUUUCUUUUGUUUGGCAGUGGAAGCAGAGUCUUUGACUAUUUUUAAGGUAAAGGUAGAGAAGGAAGAUCAGGAAAGCAGUAAAAGGCUACAGGGGUAGAAAUAAUCAGAUCCGCAAUAACCUAAUUAAUUGGCAGAGCUGGCUUGAGGACCAAAAGGCCUGGAUGCUGUCCUAAUUUGUAAGUUAGUAUUUUAUCUAUUUAAGCAUCUGUAAGAAUGUGCAAGGUUUUACUUUUUGAUGUUACUUGAUAUCUUUUCUAAACAACAGAAAUCAUAGACAAGGUAUUCCAGCUUUAGCAGGGACAGCUGUCAAGUUUUCUCACAUUCCACUGCAAAAAGGAUAGCAACUUUCACUUUUCCACCCAUGAACCUGAAGGUCUGGAAAAAUGAAAGUUGCUGUAAGCUGACUCUGCUGGAGAUUAAAUAAGCUUCCUCUGAAUUCAUUGGGAGAAUAUGAACUUGGUCAAGGAGCUCGCCAGUUAAGCUCCAAACACCAAAACAUCUCAUACCAAAUUUAAGAAGUAACUGAUCUUUACCCUCAUUUUUAAUUGAAAAUAAUGAAAGGUACGGAAGUAUUUAUAGAUUUUUAACUGGAUCCAGAAGUGUUUCACUCUUUAAUAAUAUUUACCGUUCAUUCAUUUCCAUGGGUGCUGCUUGACCAGCUGAGUUCUGUCAGCAUUUUGUGUGCAUCGCUUUGAAUCUCCAGCAUCUGCAGACUUCCUCAAGAUUUUUUUUAACAUUUUAGACUCUCAUAAUUUAAACUCUCAUUGAAUUUAUAUAUCUUUUAAUUUGCUUUAAUUUCUGUUCUCACUCUUCUUUUGAAGAUCUCACAACUAAUUUAAUGUACUUUAACCAUCUUUAUGCCAUAACUUAAGUAGCUCCAAGUUUCUUUGUCCUUAGGAGGGAUGCUUGUUUUGAUUGUCUCGUGACCUUUUGAUACUCCAAGUCUGCCACCAAGGAUUCCUCCUCCCUGAACUUACCAAAAAUUCUCACCAGUAUUUUGUUAUAAAUCAUGUUCCAAAUAAUGCAAAUGUUAUCAGUUUCAAUUUCUCAACAGACUAUUGUCGUCCAUUGAUGAAGACAUUGGUUUAUUUGGUUGUAUGAAUCUUACUUAAGUGCAUCUGUCACAACAAGGCUGUACAUAAUGAUUUGGCUGGCAGAUUCAGUGCAAAAACAGACUUGGUUAAAAUGUUUCUACACUUGCAUCGUUCACACACUAAAAUGAAUUUCUACCACCUUGAAUCAUGUCUGUCAACAUGUUUUAUUCACUUGCAAGAUUUAAUUGAGGUGUAAAUUGCAUUUUAAUGCUUUCACGUUAGUCAUGUGUAACAAAAUAGAACUGAAGAAAAGUGACAUAGGUUGUUAAACUUGCAUUAGUUUUGUGAUUAUUUUUUGUGGUUAUGAUCAGAACUGAACAGACCAAAGUAAAAAUAAUGAACAAGAGGAAAUCUGUGUGCUGCUAAAACUUAUGAAAACUCAUCCUGCUGUAUCCACUGUGCAAUUGGUGAAGUGGGGAAGUGUUCCAGACUUUCCAAUUAGACUUCAAAUUGCAUUUAUGUUGGGACCUGUAUUAUUCUCAUUUGCUAAUCUUGGGGCUGUUCUCCACAGGACAGGCAAAUUUCUGAAGACAUGUGGUUCAAAGCCUUGAAGCAACAUCCCUUACCGCCUUCCAAGGUCAAGAAAGUCUUUCUUAAUGAGGCAGUGAUUCACUUGCACUGCUUUCAAUCUAGUGUACUGUAGCUAGUAUCAACAACGUGGCCUCCUCUGCUCUGGAGAAACCAAACACAGAUUUGGUGUUAGGUGAUUAGGCAAACCAUCAUUGUUGGAGUUCUGUUAAAAAGAGUUCAGCCCAAAACAUCUACUUCUUUCUUCAUUUCACAGAUGCUACCACACAUGAUGUUACGAAGGUGAAGCAACUCUGAGGGGCUGAAGGGUACAAAGUCGCCCCCUCCUUUUUGAGAAUCGCAAGAUCGCUAUUAUUUCGGGUCUGAGACUCAGGAAAUGAGAGAGAUACACAUCAUGAGGGAGAGAGAUGCAGAAUACACAACCAGGUGGAAUGUGUCCUAACAUAAGCAGAACGGAACCACUGACCACUGCUAUUGUCUCUUGAAUUGUGUAUUGAGUACUGUACUAUGGCGAGCGGAAGAACGGGUUUAGCUAAAGGAGAGGUCACACUUGAACGGCCACAACAACGAGACACCUGACGGAUUGAAAUCAUAAAGGAAAGCCGACAAGUUUUUCUCCUAAUCUCUCUCUCUCUCUCCAACAAUUGCAACACAGCGGUCCCCAACGGCUGCAGCCUGUAUGAACUGAAUGAACUAUAUAUUUCCAUUGAACAAUACAUUAUCCCCUAGACAACGAUAGAACUUAUUUCUUAUUGAUUAUUAUUAUACCCGCACUUUUAGAUUUAGUAUUGACGACGUAUAUUAUCUGUAUAUUUGCAUUGAUAUUAUUUUUGUGUAUUUUUACUAAUAAAUACUGUUAAAAAUAGUAUCAUCAGACUUCAACGGACAUCUCUAUCUUUGCCGGUAAGUCAUCCAGUUACGGGGUUCGUAACAACGAGGGGCCUCGUCUCGAGAUUUGAUACCAAAUUGCAGGGCCAGUAAAUCGGGCUUUUAAGCCCAAACUUGGAUCUGGUUGCGCAGGUAACCAGAUGGGAAACCAGCAAAGAUGGACGUAGACGAAUUUAUAGAAAACCCGACUCUGGAGGUGCUAGAGGCUGCCACAAAGUCGGACUUGAUGAAUAUUGCGUAAUUACUAAAUCUCGCAGAGGUCAAUUAAAAAGCAGGAGGUGCAGAGGGCCAUAACUCAGUAUUAUAUUGUGAAGAAUGUGUUUUUGGCUGAAGUAUUGGAAAAUAUCCCUGAAAAGGCACCAGCUAGUUGGACCGCUCAGUUAGAGUUGGAGAAAUUAAGGUUGGAACAUGAAAUUAAGUUAAAACAGCUGGAAGCAGCUGAAAAGGAAAAAGAAAGAGCCGAAAAGCAAAGGAGGUCUGAGCUCCAGCUAAAGGAGUUAGAGGUGAAAAGGGAGCAGGAAAGAGCUGAAAAGCAGAGCGAGCAUGAAAUUCAGUUAAAACAGCUGGAAGCAGCUAAAGAAGAGAAAGAAAGAGCUGAAAAGGAGAGGGAGUAUGAGGAGAAGAGAAACAGAGGCAACAUGAGCUGGACAUGGAGAGGUUCAGGCAAGAGCAAAGAGCUCAAGGGCCAGACCGAGAGGAGCGGUUUAAUGUUAGUCGGGAGUUUAGGUUACUACCUCCGUUUGAGGAGACAGAUGUUGAUAGUUAUUUCUUGCAUUUUGAAAAGGUGGCAGAGAGUCAGAAGUGGCCCAAAGAGCAAUGGGUGGCAUUGUUACAAAGUGUGUUAAAAAGGAAGGCACAUUUGGCAUAUGCGGCGUUGUCCAUGGAAGAGGAGGAGUCUGAGAAUUAUGAGGGAGUAAAAGAGGCCAUUCUUCGGGCCUACGAAUUGGUACCUGAGGCCUUUAGACAAAAGUUCAGAAAUUUAAAGAAAGGGUGGAAUCAGACGUAAGCAGAGUUUAUGAGAAGGGUGUGCUCUUGGAUCGUUGGUGUGCAGCAGAAAUGGUGGAAGAAGAUUUUCGGCAUCUCAGGGAGUUAAUUCUGAUUGAGGAAUUUAAAGGUUGUGUUUCGGAUGAUAUCCAGAUGUAUUUGAACGAGAAGCCGAAUAAGUCCAUAUCCGAAUUUGCUAGGUUCACAGAUGAAUAUGCUCUAACCCACAAGACAAAGUUUUCCUCAAAUAAAAGUUACCGGAAAGACCGUGGGAAUGGUAGAGAAAGUCCGCUGGCUGAGGCAGAGAUUCAGCCAGGAGCCAGUGGUAAAAAUAAGGAGGAAGAAAGGCAAGACGGCAGGAAGGGUCCUGGCUUGACCUAGUUUAAUUGUGGAAAGGUGGAGCAUAUUGCAUCUAAGUGCUUUGCUCCAAGGAAGGAGACAGGAAAAGGGAAAGCAGCAGUCCCUACAGGAUGUAUUGUGUUGAUCAGUAAAUCGACAAGAAAGCCCUAGGUAGACAGAAUACGACAGGGGCCUGAGAAAUUUAUUUCAGAAGGAACUGUGUCUGUGAAAGAGGGAGACACACCAGUUCCAGUGCGGAUCUGGAGAGACACUGGAGCUGAGCUGUCAUUGAUUCGCAGUACAGUGCUAGAUUUUGGUCCCAAGACUGGAGAGGUAGCUUUGAGAGGCAUAGGAAAAGGGACAGAAGCUGUGCCUUUACAUAGGAUCAUUAUAGAUUGUGAUCUGGUAUCUGGACCUGUUGAAGUAGGGGUGCGAUCAGAAUUUCCGAGAACUGACGUAGACAUCCUUCUGGGUAACGAUUUAGCUGGUGGUGAAGUUUGGUCAGCAAUGGAGCUGACGAGCAAGCCUGUGAGUGUUGAGGGCCCAACCCUACGUUCCAAGAUUUAUCCCGCAUGCACGACCACUCGCAGCAUGUCGAGAAAGGCAGCUGAGACAGAGAUCAGUUUAAUUCAGGCCAGUAUCGAUUUGGCUGAGACGUUUUUACCGACCCUGUACCAAGAGGGGUUAGAGGGUGGUAAAACGGAGAAUAGGGAGGUGAAAAAGAGUAAGGGAGAGGAGGUAGACCUGCCCUUAGCCAGGAGGAAAAUUAUAGAGGCAUGGAGUAAAAAUGAGAAACAGAUAAGGCUGUUAGAAGGUCCAGGGUUGGACAUGGAUGAUCUGUCUGGCUUGACAGAACUGUUUGAAGAAGUUGAAAAUUUUAAAGGUGUUCCCGAUAAUGAAAUGAGGGCAGUCCAAGAUGAAAAGGAUGCUGUUACGUGGAAGGAGUCUGCUGGGUUAGCAGAUGAGGUUGUUUCAGCCUGCAGGGUUGAGUUUACUCUGGAAGGGAGUUGCCCAGAGAGUAACUGGGAGGAUCAGGGGAACUUAGAAGUUGAAAAGGGGACGGGUAUUGAAAGCCUGGAAGAGGCAGAUGUCCCGUUUGAGUGUGUUCAAGAUGUGGAUGCACGUGGUACUGAACCUAGUAAUGAAACUCAGGAAAAGUCUGAGGUAUUUGAUUCAGUUAAAAAGGAACACAGUCCUUGUGGGUCAGAUGGAUUUGGUUCAGUGAAGAAAGGGUUAACCUUGGCACUAGUGAGAAGUGAGAAUUCCCAGUUGUUUGUGUUCGAAGGUGUGUUAAAAGUUAGUGAGGAGAUAAAAGGUGGUGAUGUGAAUCUUAUUAUUGAAGGAGAAGGGAAAAGUGUAGUUCCUAAAUUGAAUGAAGAAAAGUUAAAGUCUGGAUUGGUGUCAGAAGUAGUAACCAGGCUGAAGGGACAAUAGCUUGUUAACACAGUGCCUGCGAAUCAAUUAUGGGUUGAUUUGGAAUGUAACGGUGCCCCACCCGCUAAUGUUAUCCAGGAGUGUGCUGCGAAGAGGCAGAGUGUGAAAUGUUGUUUGGACAAAGGGAGAUUGCUUGCAGAUUUUAAACUGAAAACCAAUAGAAUGAUGGGUCCUGAAGAUAAAACUAACGACUUGCUUAAAAAUAAAGAAUUGUGUGGAAAUUCAGCAAAUGGGCUAAGUUCGGAAAACAUUGUUGAUAAAAUAACUCCUAUAAAAGGAGCAUGCAAAAGCCUAUUCCACACUGGGAAGCAAGCUAACCACGUGGGAGUUAACUGGAAAAGGGGCGAGGGUUGAAGGGAUGCCAUUUUAAAUAACAGGAUCUGGUUUUGAGGGAUUUCGACAAAGCAUGUAAAUAAUAAAGACAACACCAUGGAAGGUAGACAGUUAAGUUUGAAAGUAAAAUAAGGAUUAGUAUUUGCAUGAACUUUUGUAGUAUACACGUAAGCUAAGAUCACAACUCUUUAGUUUUGUUUUGCUGAUUUGCUGAAGAAAAGAAAAUAAAUAGGUGGUUAUUAAAUUGGAGUCUGAUGCUACAAGAAUUUAUUAAGGUACAAGAUGUUAAGAUAUUAAAGGAAGUGACUAACUGUUUAGAUGCUGAAUUGAAUGUAUAACUAUUACUCUGUAGUGAAAAAAAAACUCUCUUGUAUUGUGUUAGAUUCUGAAAUCCUGUAAGACUCUAUUAAUUAAUUUUUACCUGUGGCAAAAAUCCUAGAAGGAAGGGGAUGUUAUGAAGGUGAAGCAACUCUGAGGGGCCGAAGGGUACAAAGUUGCCCCCUCCUUUUUGAGAAUUGCAAGAUCGCUAUUAUUUUGGGUCUGAGAGCCAGGAAAUGAGAGAGAUACACAUCAUGAGGGAGAGAGACGCAGAAUACACAACCAAGUGGAAUGUGUCCUGACAUAGGCGGAAUGGAACCACUGAUUACUGCCAUUGUCUCUUGGAGAAGGAAUUGUGUAUUGAGAACUGUACUAUUCAUUGAAACCCCUCAGGGGACAACCAGAGUGGUCUGGUUGAGGGAUUGCAUCAUCCCAACCUGAUUGACAUCUGAGACCCCGUGAGUGAGGAUAAAAGAGAGGUCUGGGGAACAACCCCUUUAGACGCACCAGGAGAAACGCUAGAAAUCCCGUGACAGCGUUUUAUAGCGAAAGCCGGUGGGGGCUCGUGUGUGUCCUCCCUUGCCUGGGUGGCGUGCUCACCACGGAAGAAUGGUUUAGCUAAAGGAGAGGUCACACUUGAAUGGCCACGACAAUGAGACACCUGACGGAUCGAAAUCAUAAAGGAAAGCCGGCAAGUUUUUCUCAUAAUCUCUCUCUCUCUCUCCAACAAUUGAAGCACAGCGGUCCCCAACGGCUGCAGCCUGUAUGAACUGAACGAACUAUAUAUUUCCAUUGGACAAUACAUUAUCCCCUAGACAACGAUAGAGCUUAUUCCUUAUUGAUUAUUAUUAUACCCGCACUUUUAGAUUUAGU